GUAAAUCCAGACAACGAAUUUAAAUCGGAGUAGGGACUGACGAAAUUCAAAAUUUCGUUAUCGUUUUAUUGUUACUAAAGCGAGUUUUUAACGAGCAGUUGUCUGCCUAUCUUCCACGCACGUCAGGGUCAACACUAGCACCAAUGAUCCGAUCAGCUACUUCGCCAGUAUUCAACGCACUUAAACGGAAUUACUCCAAUGUAGCUCCAACGACGAAACUAUUCAUUAACGGUCAGUUUGUCGACUCGAAAGCAACACAAUGGGUUGACUUGCAUGACCCGGCUACGAAUAACCUGAUUACCAGAGUGCCACAAAGUACACAGGCAGAAAUGGAAGCAGCAGUUGAAUCUAGUAAAAACGCAUACGACUCUUGGAAGAAUACGUCAGUUCUUACUAGGCAACAAAUAAUGUUAAAACUGCAAGCGGCACUUAGAAGGGAUAUGAAGAAGAUUGCGGCUAAUAUAACUCUUGAACAAGGCAAAACGCUUCCUGAUGCCGACGGUGAUGUUUUACGAGGAAUUCAGGUGGUAGAACAUGCUUGCGCAGCAGGUACCUUACUCCAAGGGGAAAGCCUUCAAGGAAUUUCAAAGGAUAUGGACGUUACUUCGUACAAAGUUCCAUUAGGAGUAACUGCUGGAAUUUGUCCAUUUAACUUCCCUGCUAUGGUUCCUCUAUGGAUGUUUCCUCUAGCUCUGAUAGCCGGUAACACAAUGGUAAUGAAGCCAUCGGAACGUGACCCAGGUGCUACGAUGCUAUUAAUGGAGUUGCUAAAUGAAGUCGGAUGUCCACCCGGCGUAGUUAAUGUAAUUCACGGUACCCAUGACGCGGUCAAUUUUAUCUGUGAUCAUCCGGACAUUAAGGCAAUCAGUUUUGUGGGUGGCGAUCGGGCAGGAAAGCACAUUUAUGAAAGAGGCGCCAAAAACGGAAAACGAAUUCAAUCUAACAUGGGUGCCAAGAACCAUGCGGUUGUUCUGCCAGACGCUGACAAAAAUGCAGCUCUAGAUGCUCUGAUUGGAGCUUCUUGUGGAGCAGCUGGACAAAGAUGUAUGGCAAUAAGUGUUGCGAUCCUAGUUGGAGAAGCUCAAAAAUGGAUACCUGAUCUAGUCGAAAAGGCCAAGAAAUUGCGAGUUAAUGCAGGACACGAACCUGGUACAGAUGUUGGACCAGUUAUAUCACCUCAAUCAAAAGAAAGAAUACAUACCUUAAUUGAAGCUGGAAUAAAACAGGGUGCCAAAUGUCCCUUAGAUGGACGCAACAUAAAAGUGGAAAAGUACCCUAACGGAAAUUUUGUCGGACCUACCAUCCUCACCGACGUAAAAACCUCGUACGACUGCUACACACAAGAAAUCUUCGGCCCCGUAUUAUCCGUUAUAUCGGCCGACACUCUCGAGGAAGCUAUCUCCAUCAUCAACUCGAAUCCGUACGGUAACGGUACCGCCAUCUUUACGACGAGUGGAAACUACGCGCGACAAUUCGUACACGAAGUAGACGCUGGCCAAGUAGGAGUUAACGUUCCCAUACCUGUUCCGCUACCCAUGUUCAGUUUUACGGGAUCCAGGGGCAGUUUCCACGGUGAUUUGCACUUCUAUGGCAAACAGGGAUUGAACUUCUACACCGAAACCAAAACCAUUACGUCCUUGUGGAGGAAAGGAGCAGUACCCGCUAACUCGGCGCCAUCCGUUUCAUUUCCUAUUCACAACUAAUGACGUUUUAGGAAAUUCAAUAAUUGUAUUUUAAGUACUAUCGGUUUAAGAUUGUUUUCGAAUAAGUCAUUUUUUUAUCCUAUAUUCAAAAGACUGUUUAAAUAAAAGUAUUUUUGUUAAAUAA